ACAUAAAAAGGUAAUAAAAGGGUGGGGGGUUAUGAGACUGACUCACCUGUGAUAAGUCUAACUCAUACAGUUUACCUGUCUAGCUUGUUCUGCACUUUAUGGGCGCACAUGGGCGUUGCUGGUCCAUUUAUAUAGCGCAUGACUCUAGGGCAGGAUUCUCUUUCACUCAGAUGUUCUUUUGGGACAAGCAUCUUUUAUAAAAGGUAAGUAAUACUUAAUCUGUAGGCUACACAUUCAAUUCUCAAAAGCAGGUGCUCGGAACUGAAGUGACGCUUCCACUGGAAUAAACGCAAAUUGUGAUCAGUCAUGGAGGGUCUGUCUCGUGCUAACAGUCUCUUCGCUCUGGAUCUCUAUCGGGCUCUGAGCGAGAGCAACGCUGCGGGAAACAUGUUCUUUUCUCCCCUGAGCAUCAGCGCAGCGCUCAGCAUGGUCUACUUGGGAGCCCGAGGAGACACUGCCAAAGAAAUGGAAAAGGUUUUGUCGUUCAGUUCAGUCUCUGAUGUUCACUCUCAUUUUGAGAGCCUCACCUCAGCAAUCAACAGUCCAUCAGCUUCUUAUAUCCUCAGGCUGGCCAACCGUAUCUACGGAGAGAAAACCUUCAGCUUCUUACCUGAGUAUUUGGACUCCACUCUGAAGCUGUACCAUGCUGACCUUCAGGCUGUGGACUUCAUUGGAGCAUCUGACGAGUCACGACAGCUCAUUAACAAAUGGGUGGAAGAGCAGACAGAGAAUAAAAUCAAAGACCUUAUCAAACCUGGAAUGGUGACCGGAAUGACCCGACUAGCUCUGGUUAAUGCCAUCUACUUCAAAGGCAACUGGCUACAGAAAUUUAAUGCUCAAGACACUAAAGAAAUGCCAUUUAAAAUUAACCAGAAUGAGCGCAGGACAGUGCAAAUGAUGUACCAGAAGAAAAAGUUCCCCUUCAACUAUGUCUGUGACCACCGCUUGCAAGUGCUGGAGUUGCCAUACGUAAAGGAGGAGCUCAGCAUGCUGAUCCUUCUUCCUGAGGAAAGUCAGGAUGGCUCUGACCCUCUUCAUAAGCUGGAGAGUGAGCUGACCCUUGAUAAGCUGCAUGAAUGGACCAACAGAAAUAAUAUGGACACCCACACAGAGAUUAUAGUCCACUUGCCAAAGUUCAAGCUGGAGGUUGAGAGCUCCUUAGCAGAAAUAUUGAUGGGGAUGGGGAUGAGCUCUGUGUUUCAGGACACAAAGGCUGAUCUGACAGGCAUGAGCAGUCAGGGUGGCCUGUUCCUUUCAGCAGUGGCCCACAAGGCCUUUGUGGAUGUAAAUGAAGAAGGCACAGAGGCAGCAGCCGCUACUGCAGCCAUUGUGGCAUUCUGUAUGUUACGAGAGGAGCAUUUCACGGCAGAUCACCCCUUCUUGUUCUUCAUCAGGCACAAUCCCACCAACAGCAUCCUCUUCUUCGGCAGAUUCAGAGGCCCAUCUUAA